AUGUUUUCUAAUAAAGAAGAAACUAACAAAUAAAACUUUAUAGUUGGAUUGCUUUAGGCUAUAGAUAUAUUCGGAGUGGGUAUCAACAUAAGAUUUAACUAGUAGAGCAAGCACACAACAGGUUUUGGAGGUUUAAUUACCUUGGCUUUAACUUCUUUACUUCUCAUUCUCUUCAUUUCAUCAAUUUAAAACAUCAUCAAGAAAUCAAAUCCCUCAGUUAUUUAUCAGGAAGAUUUUAUUUCUAAUCCAUCUCAGUAUAACUUAACUAACGAGAACUUUUCAUUUGCAAUAACUUUACUUGAUGCUAACUUUAAUCCUAUUAAUGACAAAAGUAUUUUUAGAAUUGAAGGUAAUUUUCUGUAUAAAGAACCACAAAUAAAUUCUGAUGGUAGUGUAGGAGAACCUGUUUUUAAGAAUAAAGUGAUUGAAUUUGAACUCUGUACUGAAUAGAGCUUUUAAGUCUAAGGCACUGAAAGUUACUUCUUGAGUUUGUAAUAUCAAAACAUGUAUUGCUUUAAAAACAUCGACGAUUACUAUCUUGUUGGGCAAUUUGAAAUGGAUUAAUUCUCUGUGAUUUAGAUUAAUGUUAUUCCUUGUGAUUAAUCAGAUCCCAAUAACUAAGUUUAAUGUAUGGAGGAGUCUAAAAAGAAUUUAAUUCUUUCAUAAUCAUUAUUGUAGGUGUAUUACAUCACUCAAGUAGUAUAAGUCAGUAGCAAAUAGUAACCAUUCAAACCUAUGGGAAUUACUUAUUUUUGGGAAAAUAAUAUUGAUUUUUUGCAGAAUGUGAAUCUAAUGUUCAUAAAGACAUAUGUAUAAGACGAUGAUGGUUUAAUAUUUGAAAAUAAUAUCUAAAAUAGUUCUCUACUAUUUAGCAGCGAACGUACAAUGAUGUCAAGCAAGAAGGACUUUUCAAUUUAUUAAAUUAGCUUGUAUUUGGAAAAGAACAAAGAGAAGACUUACAUAAGAAAAUACUAAAAGAUAUUUGAAUGUUUUUCUUCGAUUGGAGGUAUCUAUAAUGUCUUGUUUGCAAUAGGAUGCAUAUUAGCUUAACCCUAUUCACAAAUUUAAUUAAAUAGAAAACUCUUCAAUGAAACUUUUUAGGUCAGUAACAAUAAUUAAGAUAAUUUACUGAAUGAAAGUUAAAGUUCUAACAAAUCAAGCAAAACAAACAAAACAGAUAAUAACAUGGAAGUAAAAAAUAAAACCAUAGGAAAUCAAGCUGAUCUCUCUUGCAAAAGUAAUAAAUACAAAGCAAAAAAACUAGAAAAAGCUAACAGAUUUUUUUAGAAUUGCUUAGAAGAAGCAGAGAUGUAAAAUGAAGAGUAAAAGAAAUCUAUAAAAGAUAUGUUCAAAUAAAAAUUUUUAGGAAUUAAAAUAAAAAGUAGGGAAUAUCUUGCCUAUUAUUUUAAUUGCUUCAAAAUCUGUAAAAAUGAGAUGUUUGAAAUAGUAAAUUUUGGAACAAAACAGAUUCUAAAUUAUACAGAUAUUUGUUUCAUAGUAAAUAAACUGAUUGAGUUAGAAAAGUUAAAAGCAUUGUUGCUAAAUGAAUAAUAAAUUUAGCUAUUUGAUUUCAUCCCUAAGCCUUAAAUUGGUAUAAGUAUCAUAAGAGAAAUUUAAUAAAACUAAAAUGAUGGAAUACCAAAAAUAAAGCUAUUGAAUGCAAUUUAAUAAUAACAAGAUAAAACCAAAGAAAUAAAGAGUGAAAACUAAAGUGGAUUAAAUAAGCAGUUUAACAUACUUUCAAUCCAGAAAAAAUCAACAUAUGAAAAAGCAAAGGAUGCAUAAUAGGCGUUUAACUAGAUUUACAGAGAUAAAUAAAAGUACUCCAAAAUAGAUUUAAAAUUAAUCUAAUUACUUGACUAAGAACUUGUAGAAUUAUUUGAUGGCAAUGUGUUUUAAGAAAAUAAUUUACUCACAAAUAUGUCAUCUAAUCAGUAAAUAAUUAAAGUGAAAUAAAAACAAAAUCAUUACUACUCACCUAUUUCUACUAGACAUGAUAGAUUAUUAUCAAAUAAAAGUCCAACUUAAUUUAGUAAUGCUUUUAAUUUCAACGAAGAACUAAAAAAUAGAAAACAUAACGAUGAAGACUUUUUUUUAAGUGAGAAUGUGACAGAAACUGAUACCAAAUUGUAAACUUACUAUCCUAGAGCUAAAAAUUUUAUUUAAAUUACUAAUCUAAGAAAUUUAUCUAUAGAAAAAGAAAUAGAAUCAUUGAAUUUGCAGAAAUAAGCAUUAUAAAAUUGA